CCCAACCGGCGGCGCUACCCAGGCAGCCUUCACCUCCCGCGGGCAGGGAAGAGGCGGACCGUUGCCGUCUAACAAGGGAGGCGUCUCUCCGCCACCGUGGACCAGUGGAGGCGGAGCUGAUAUGCUUCACUCAGAAGUCCGCUGCCAGGAAAAAGAAAAUCACUUUUGGAAGAAGCCAGAGCACUUGGAACCAGACCAGGGGUGAUGUGGAAUUAGGCUGAGAGCUGUCUGUUAUCUCCUCCUGUUCUAGAUCAUCUUCCUAAAGAUACUCGUCAGUGGUGCUAUUGCAGCCCCAAGUUCAUGAAUACGGAAAAAUGGGUAAAAAGGAUGCUUCUUCUGCAAAAACACCUGUUGAUCAGUACAGAAAACAAAUAGGAAAACAAGAUUAUAAGAAAACCAAGCCAAUGUUAAAAGCAGCAAGACUGAAAGCAGAGGCCAAAAAAACUGCACCAGGUAUAAAGGAAGUCAGCCUUGUCCUUGCAGCUAUAUUGGUAUUUUUAUUGGCGUGUUACGCUUUCUUUUAUCUUAACCUUUCCAAAGAAGAUGACCUUGGUCUGGAAAAAGAUGAAAAUUAGCAGAAUUGUUUUUGAAGAUUUCUUCUAGAAAAGCAUUACUCUUGUCUACUUCAGCCAUGAACACCUGCUCGUCAUGAAAGUGGACAAAAUGUGAAUCGGUUCCUGCAUUCAGAAAUUAAUAAUACACUUGAGAGUAUCUCAGCCAGCCUUAUGGAUAUUAAUGAGGUUCAUCUUUUCAAACUGUAGUUUAUUGGCUAAAGUUGACCAUUCUCCUCACUUCUUUUUCAAACUGGAAAUAUUUAAUUCCAGAAAACAAUUUCCUAUAUUUGUUAGUGUUACUGUGUGGGUGAAAAGAAUUUGAUUUUCUUGGAGUCAUCUUUGAAUUAGAAUCACUUCUCUUUUUAAAAGAUGGCAACAAAUACAAAUUAUAAAAAUGGCAUAAACACAACCAACAUAAUCUGUGAUAUCUGUAGACAUAUUUCUGUUACUUCCAAGUAGCAGUAAUUGCUGUGAGAGUGAUUCAGCACAUUCUUAAAUCUCAUCUCCAGGACAAAGAGAAUUGAUAUGUGCUAAACUGUAUCUGGGCCAUACAUGGUAUUUGUUGGAUUAAGAACUGUAUAACAUGAUUUGCUUUGUAAGUUAAACUGAUGAACUGGGAAGUGAGUGUACUACGCACAGUCCUGUCAUUACCAGCAUUAUAAGAGCUUCCUCUUUGUAUCAUAGGACCAAUGCAUCAAAACUACACUUCAUAUUCUCUUAGUUUUAGUAGGACAGUAAAUCACAUGCUUAUAUUCCACUUCAGUUGGGAGAUUUUAAAAGUUUAUCUUUUUAUGGAAUAUAGUCAUUGGUAUUAAUAUUAUUUGAAAAACAUACAUAGUAGCCCUGUACCAAAACCUAGAACUCAAAAUGUUUCAUAGUAUGCCUACUACGAGUAGGACAUGGAGCACAAUCUAAUUCAUAUAUAAAGCCUUUGAGUUAAAUGGAAAUCAUUCCAAAAUACAUGUGUUCAAAAAUUCUACCAAGCUGGCUGCACCUCUGCAAGUGCAGAUGUCAACAAAGUACUUUUUAUUUACCUUUUUUUUUCUUUUUUAAUCAAUUUGCAAAGGCUACCUUGACUUAAACAUUUCUUUUAGGAAAGAAAGCUGGGGAUUCUAUGAAAACAAUAGUUAAAGCAAAACCAAUAAUAAGAUAACAGAGAUGUAUGAUAUAUCUGAAUUUAUUUCCUAAUACCAAAUAAAACUAUGUGUGAGUACUGCUAUUUGUGAGAAAAGCCGGAACCAAGAACAGGGGAAAUUUAUUCCAAAUCCUUUAGUAAAAAUGGAAUGGGUACUAUGCAACUUGGACUUACAGAAAGGGCAACUUCAAGCUACUGCUGACUCAUGUUCUACCAUAUCUUCUUACAGAAGGUGAAAAGUUUAACCAUAAUAAGAAAUAAAGCUUUCAUGUUAUCAAGAUUGGUUGAAAGAAGAGAUCAAAUAAUAACCAUAUUUUAAUCAUUUGUAAUUUCAGCACAUCUAUAUACUAACUAUAGCAUAUAGCCACCCCCAUCUCAUCCCCACUUUGGUGCAAAUUUAUUUUCAGCAUCCUCCUGAGUCUUCUGUGCCUGGGUAUCAGUAGUCAUCUUUUUCAUUCACUGCCAACUGUUCACGGCACAUGUGUUCUGUCAAAAAUGGCACCUGGAUGAUAGAAACUCAAGGAUUCACAUAUGCUUUGAAGCAGAGUUCCUUCCUCUUGGGCUAACUGAAAGAGCGUAAAUAGAAAGUUCACUCAAUGUUGAUUUUAAUUAAUACGCUGCUUCAUUAACAUAAAGAUGAAAAUUCUAUUUUAAUCAUAUCGUGCAAUAUCGGCAUGAAAGAUAAAAUAUAUGGUAGCUUUAAAAAUGACAGAGUAUUUUGCAAUUAGGAAUUUUCAUUUCUUCUCAAUAAUGGCUCAUACAGAAAGGAACAUCAGAGUUCCUUUAUACUUUAUUGCAAGAUGUUAUUCCAGAUAUGCUAUAUCAUGACUAUCUUCUCUUCAUGACCUCAGUUCCAAAGAAACAUUAUUUUAAAACAUAUCUGAAUAAAUGAUUUGAUUUGGUAUUUUUACGUUCAGAAAUGUUGGCUGGAAAGGUUAUGAUGAGGUCCACAAACAUGGGUGUUUACACUGAUCAUUCAUAUAGCAUUGGGGUGCCAACUCAAUUAUUGAUCAGAAUUAGGAAGUUUAAUAAAUAAGGUUUCAGUGUCUUUAUCAAAAUCUUUGGAUUUAUUUUAGCAUAUUGACCACAAUACUUCUUAAUUCUAUCUACAGACCAAUUGACAGAAUGCUGAUUAGUUACAAGAACUACUUUUUUAAAAAUGCUAUUAGUAGAUUGAAAUACUUGAUACACUAAGAAAAUUUUCCAAAAAUAUCAAACACAGAGCAACUGAAAAUGUGCAAAAGUAUACAUGUAGAAUUUUGCCUCAUUUGCGUGAUCAUGAAAAAUUGUUAUGACUAAGCAAAUGAUAAUACAAUUCCUUGAGACAGGAAAAAGUAGUGGUAUUGGAAAUGUUUCUCCAAUACGUUGGUAAUGAAUUCUGUUGAUACUUUAGGGAAUGAACAAUUGAAUUCAUUCUAGCAAAUCAGUUGACUGGUGAUGAUUCUAUGCAAAUGUUCCCCUCUCACUGAAGCAGUGAAUAUACUGAAGAGGCCAUUUUUAUCAGUCCGCAAUCAUGUUGACAUCCACCCUGCAUGAUCUUUCCCUUUUGUAACGCAAUGUAUGGGGAUCAAAGUACAUAAUUUGGCCACUUCGUAUGGUCAAGGAGGGACAUGUAUUUGCUAGUUCCAUUACCACUGGUCUGUUAGUAUGUAUGAUUGGAACCCAGCUGGAAAUAAAAAUUUUCUAUGCA